AUGGGGCGGCUCAUCCCAAAUGCGUUCAAUUUGAUGGUGGUCAUCACCGUGGCCCUCGGGUCCAUGGCCUGUUCGUAUGGCAUGGCAGUCAUAUCCGCCACUAUAGGACAGCCCAUGUUCUAUACGGACUUGGACUUGACACCCCAAGGAGAACCUGGAUAUAGUCAUACCGCGAACUUGAUUGGAGCCAUGAAUGGCUUGAACUCCGCAGGCAGUGCCCUAGGAGCCGCUUUCACCAGCUGGUCCGCAGAUAAAUUCGGGAGGUUGAGAAGCAUCCAGAUGGGUGCUAUCGUCCUGAUUAUUGGUGCUGGGUUAUGUGCCGGAAGUGUCAACGUUGCAAUGUUCCUGGUCGCAAGAGUCAUCGCUGGUUGGGGAAUCGGCAUGCUCGUCACGGCAAUCCCCAUGUACCAAGCCGAAGUUUCCACUCCGGAAUCCCGUGGGUUCAUGGUAUCGUUGCAUGGAGUCCUUUUCGCCGUUGGAUACAUGACGUCUGCCUGGAUCGGGUUUGGCGUUUACUUCAUCAGCGCAUCCGGUUCGACCUCUUCGUUCCCCUGGAGAUUCCCUCUUGCCUUCCAAGCAGUCCCAGCCGCCCUGUUGCUGUGCCUCUCCCCAUGGCUCCCAUUUUCGCCUCGUUGGCUUUUGCAGAACGACCGGCCGGAUGAGGCAUACGAGAUAAUCAAGCGAUUACAUCAUACCAAGGAGAGCACCGACGACAGUCAGGUGAAGAGGGAAUUCUUCCAGAUGAAGAAGCAGCUCGAGUUGGAUCGCCAGAUCAAAGCAAAGACCGGGAGGUUCGAAGUUUUCGCAACUGCUCCCAACCGAAAGAGAGCAUAUGUUGGCUUCACACUCAUGUUCGGAAACCAAUUCACCGGGGUUCUUAUCGUUGCGAAUUAUGGUGUGCUGCUGUAUAGCUCGCUCGGUAUGGAGGAUUAUAUGCCGCUUCUUCUUGCAGCACUAUGGGUAACUGCAUCUUUCCCAGGCAAUGUGUUUACUGCCUUCUUCGUAGACAAGAUUGGACGGCGGUUCUUCUUGCUAACCGGGCUGGCUGGACUUGUUGUGACCAACAGUUUCGAAGCCGCGUUGCAAGCGCAGUUCCUUGGAACUGACAACACUGCGGGUCAGAAAGCCGCUGUGUUCUUCAUAUUCCUCUUUAUCUUCUUUUGGUCUACUUUCCUCGAUGCGAGCCAAUUCGUCUAUCUCGCUGAGAUAUUCCCAACCCACAUCCGAUCCCAAGGAGUGGCUCUUGGUAUGGUCGGGAUGUACACCAGUUCGAUCAUUCUGCUGGUAGCCGGACCGAUCGCGUUGGAUGAGAUCACGUGGAAGUUUUAUCUCAUCUUGAUCAUUCCAACAGCAUUGCAUUUCCUCAACGUGUACUUCUUCUUCCCCGAAACCAAGCAGCGGUCACUUGAAGACAUCAACCAGGCAUUCGGAGAACAGGUGGCAGUGCAUUAUUACGGAGCGACCGCUGAAGAGGAAGAGGAAUAUGCAAAGGCAAUGGCAGACCUGGAAGUGAACGGUGUGUCUUCCGGGGAAGACAGUAAGAAGAAACUUGUUGUCGAGCAAGUCGAAAAUGCUUGA